GGAAAAAAGACAAACCAGUCAGGUCCGAGGAUACGAAUGUUGUGGUUUCGGUCACACAGCGCAAACAGGAUGGCCUUAUAAGACGCUUCCCUAAUACUAGUAUUAACUGGGCAGUUAUAGAAAAACAACUCGUUGCCUGGGGCGAGUUUUAUCGCACAGGUAAGAAACUAAUACUCAAACUCUCAUUCAACUACAUAGACGUAACUCCGUCCUCGACUACCUUAUCAGGGAGGCCAGCCAAAAGAGGCUUCCGAUCCAUAACCCAGCAGAUACUAGCCGAAGGAGCUCUGCAGGUAGAUACAGAACAGGCAUCUUCCGGACAACCAUCCGUUUGGCGGAAGGUAUAUAAUACCAUACGUUGCCCUGGCCCUCCCUGUAAGAAGGGACAUUACUGCUGGGUUGACCCUAUUAGUAAAAAGCAUUACCCACUGAAUACGCGCCAGCUAAAGAGCCUCAUUAUAUAUGUACAAGAGAGUCAUAUAUUAGAAACACAUGAUGAUAUACCCGAGAAUGUUCGGGAGGAGUUAUACACAGAGGAGCAGAAGUCACUCGAGAGGAGUUAAAAGGCUUCUGGGACAUCUAUAGCAACCCCUCCUGCUAUUCAUAUUACAAACAUACAACUCUAGCUCUGGACAUGCCUUCAAAAUCUACUCCUCCAAAUCGUCUCAAUAUUCCCGGCUUUCGAGAUAAUACUAUAGAGGAGUACUAUAACUGGCAGAAAUCACAAAACAAGAGGCCAGAACUAAAGCUAGAGUACCAGAAAGCUUGCGAUAUAAUAAUUAAAAAGGGAAAAGACCUUGGACUGAUCCGCCAGAAUCCAGACCCUAAAUUUUUGAUCGAUACAGACGUUCUGGAAGGGAUUGCCGAACAUAUCGUAGGUGAUAUCGACUACUAGUUCGAGAAUAUCAAGCGACCUAGAAUUGAGG